GCGAACCGUUGAUGCUGAGGCAGACAGGAGUCUGCGUGCAGUCAACUCCAGCUCUGCUCUCUAUUACCGCUGAAGGUGUGUGAAACCGCGUGGGAGUGCAAUGGCGUCCUCUGGAGACAUUCAGGUUAAGGAACUGGACAAGCGUGCCUCGGGACAAGCUUUUGAGGUUAUCCUGAGUCCCACGGCCCCAGAUGCCAAAGGAGAAUUCCCACUUUCCACCCCCAAGAAGAAAGAGGUUUCUUUGGAUGAGAUACAGAAAAAAUUGGAAGCAGCAGAGGAGAGACGCAAGAACCAUGAGGCAGAGGUGUUGAAACACUUAGCUGAGAAACGAGAGCAUGAGAAGGAGGUUCUUCAGAAAGCAAUGGAGGAGAACAACAACUUCAGCAAGAUGGCUGAGGAGAAACUUAACCAGAAAAUGGAAGCCAACAAAGAAAAUCGCACAGCACGCAUGGCAGCUAUGAACGAGAAAUUCAAAGAGAAAGACAAGAAGCUUGAAGAGGUACGAAAGAACAAAGAAACAAAAGAUGGGGCUGAGGGUGAAAACUAAGUUUCCUCAUUCAUUUUCCUUUUCAUUUAGGGUAUAGUAUUGGGUUUUUUAACGUAUCCAAAGA